AUGGGUUCAGUACCCACCAUACCUAACAUACAUAAACCGCCCUUGACGUGUUGUCACGUUCAAGAGACCGCCGCUAUUGACUCAUUAGUCAGGCGUUUCUGGGAGCUCGAGGAGCUUCCUACCGCACCGCCCGUUCAACAUCCCGAUGAUGUUGAAUGUGAAGAAUAUUAUAAAUUAACUACAACCCGCGACCCCGUGAGUGGCAGAUAUAUUGUUUCGCUUCCAUUUAAGGAUGAUUUCUACACUCUCGGUGAUUCAUUUAAUAUUGCCCGCAAACGUUUCAUGUGCCUCGAAAGAAAGCUACAGGCUUCACCUAAAUUAAGGUUGGCAUAUGAUGACGUCAUAAAGGAUUAUCUAACGAAGAAUUAUAUUUCACCCGCGCCUCCGUAUGAUCCGCGUGACCCUACACCUAUUUAUAUUAUACCGCAUCACGCUGUUCUGCGCGAGGAUAAAUCGUCGACUAAGCUGCGCAUGGUUUUAGAUGCUAGCAUGCCAACUUCUGGAAACCAGCGUUCAUUGAAUGACCUUCUGCAUGUUGGGCCGAAUUUACAAGGCAAUUUGUUUACAAUAAUUUUAGGUUUUCGUCUCCACGCGAUUGCCAUGACCGCCGAUUGCCGCCAACAAUUUCUGCAGAUAUUCGUGCGUGAGUUUGAUCGUCGUUUUCAAUGUUUUUUAUAUCGUUUCAGCCCGCAGGAUCCGCUACUUCUUUAUCAAUUUAAUCGAGUUUGCUUUGGCAUCAAGUCUAGUCCUUAUCAUGCACUGCGCACGGUAAGACAGCUCGUAGAAGAUGACGGCGCGAAAUAUCCGCUCGAGAGUAGCAUUGCGUCUUCCUCGUUGUAUAUGGAUGAUAUCGCCUUCUCUAUUCCCACGGAAUGUGAGGCAGUUUCCGCGUCGCAGCAGCUCAUCGAUUUGUUUAAGGGAGCUCAGUGGGAUCUAGUUAAAUGGAAUAGUAAUAGUAGAAAUGUGUUAGAUAAUCUUCCCGCUUCGCACAAACUUUUACCCUCCGCGGUGGAGUUUGAUAAGACCGUGCAACAUAAAUUACUUGGUCUGCAUUGGUCUUCUGUUGUUGAUUGUUUUUAUUUUAAAAUUACCGCCCGUCUGUGGGACAUGAUGGGCUUCGUUGCUCCCACAGUCGCGUAUAACAUCCCAUCAGAUAACUACUGCCAUGUUUCUGGUAUUGAAAAUCCCGCUGACGUUCUUUCGCGUAGCAUUACGCCACAAAAUCUCGUCUCGCACCCUCUGUGGUUCCAAGGACCCCAGUGGGCUCGUUUGGACCCGUCUGAUUGGCCUCUUAAAAGUCUCGAUGGCCUUCAACCGCUUGAGGCCUUUUAUUCGCAACAGACUAAUCCUCAUCGGACGUCUAAGCGAUACCGCCCUGGAAUAUGCACAUAA